UCGUUCGUGGCUGAGUCAGUUCUACAUUCCGUGAAUGGUCGCGACCCAACGAGAAUCGACAAAUUUGCCGGUUAUUAUGGGCAAGCCAUAUGUUGUGCUGCUUAUAUGAUAGCUUGCUUAUUUGCACCAUCAAUACUCACGAUACUUCCUCCAAAAUGGACACUUUUUCUGGGUUCUGUCUGCUAUACGCUAUAUCAAAUUGGAUUCCUCUAUUUGAAUAGAUAUUAUUACUAUAUUUCUUGCGUAAUUAUAGGAAUUGGCUUUGCGCUGUUUUAUUCUGGACAUGGAGCUUAUUUAACUUCCCACUCCACUAGGAAGACGAUCGAGCAGAAUUCUGCUAUCGCUUGGUCGAUUGGAUGCUUAUGCAUGAUCGUGGGAUCUGGUAUUCUUGGAAUAAUUUUCUCUUUAAAUCAUAAUGUGAUCAACUUCGUCGUCAACUCCAAUAUCACCGCUGAACAUACGCCAAUUGGCUACCGGCAAUUUUCUGACACAGAAAUACAGAUGAUGUAUGGAAUGUUUGCAGCCGUCACGUUUUGUGCAAAUCUGAUUUUUGCUUUAUCGCCUUCUCGUGAAGUUACGAAUUGUAUUGAAGGCAAAUGUAACAAAAUCAAGAGAACCUUCAAGCAAGAGCUAAAUCAAGUGAUGCUGACUUUCGCCGACAAGAGGAUGAUCACUCUCACACCGCUCUUCUUUCAUAAUGGUUUUUACACAAUGUUUUGGGUUUGCGUUUAUCCAACGACUUUGGUGUUUUCCAAAACCCUAUCGAAUCAAAUUUAUCUUCCCGCCAUCUACAGUUUCACUGUCGGUGCAGGAGAAAUCACAAGUGAGCACUAG